AUGCAGGCAGUGUUGGACGAGUUUUACGCGCAGAUCGUGGCCAAACUGGAACGCGACGAACUGAUACCGGCUUACAAGCGGUCGAUGCACCGCGAGUACCUGGCCACCGUGGUGGACGGGCUGUGCGGACCAUGGUGUGGCCGGGACAGGCGCCGAGCUUGCGAGGCAGCUGUGGCCGGGGCCGUGGCCUACCACGGACGGGCGGUCCGCGACAACGGGUCCGUGUGCCCGCUCGGAAAACACCACGACAUGCUGUACGUGAUGGCCCGCUUGGCCAUGGACGCGGACGCCAGUCCCGAACCCGUGGCCGCGCUGUUGACCGCUAUUUACACGUAA